ACCGUAAUCUAAUUUUCGGUGACGUACAAAGUAAACUGAAUUAGUCUCGUUUAUUGUGCUGAGUCGGUGCGGGCAGUUACAUUAUUAGUAGUGUUAAUACUUGCUGUAAUUGUCUUAGGAAUAGUUGGAAGGAAAUUGUACCCGAAUUUUUAUUAAUAUACUUUUGAAAUUUGAUGAUAGGAAAGAUAUCACAAUUGCUGUGGUUUUGUUUAAUUAAUCACUUGUGCACAAUAUGCAGGGAAACGAAGCUCAAGACUACAGACAGGGGAAUGGCAGCAAAGCUGGCACCCCACAUCUCGGAUUACGAGCUUCUGGCGUCUCUGCAACGAGCUGCUCAAGGGAAUCGCAAUUUUCCUCAUACUUCAGGAGCGGACGGAGUGACGCUAGCUCUUGAAAACAAUUCUUUGUCUGCCGUCUCGGAGACGCGCCUGGAGCGAACUGCUGCUCACAUUCACCGAGUUGUCGCGGCCGCGCCACAAAGUCAGUGUGAUUCGCCGUCGAAUAGCUCAGGAGACGGGAACAUGAGCCCUGUUGCUGAUAACGAAGACGUAAAUGCAUCAGUAAAGGCCGAAAAUGAUGUAGAAAACUAUGAAAAAUCAUUUACAUCUCUCAAUCGUACAGAUUCCAUCGAUGCUCCGCGACCGCUGCUCUUUAGCAGCAAAAAUUCAACGACUGCCAUGCAACCUCCAGAUGGCCAAGUGCGGGAAUCAAAAAAAUUUGCUUCUAUGCUUGAAGCUGAAAAUGAACAUUUGAGAGACACCGAAUAUUUGGUUGUGGACUGCCCGGAAGAAAUUGUUUCAAUUGUGGAACUUGGGUUGUGUUCUUCCAUCAAUCGUUCUCCUCAUGUCGAGUCUAGCAGAGAAGAUCAGAUUAAUAGCAUCGAAUGUCUCGUUGAAAAUCCUGACUCAAGUUUUUCAUCUAACAACUCAAGCACAAAAUUUAACGAUGGAAUACUCACUGUUGAGACGAACUCAUUUUCAAUGACAAACAAAGACCCGCUUCCGCAGCACGAGGAGUCAAUCCCAUGCGGCGAAAAGUUGACGGGACAUCAAGCAGCGAUCGACAGCCACGAGACCAGCGACGGCUUCAGUGACUACGACAGCGACGACGGAGGUUUGGAGGCAGAGUUGAGCCAGUGGCAUAAGUCAGCCGGGGCGUUGCUGAGCAAAGCACAGAAGAGAGCGGACUAAAGGGCACGUGUUGCUGUCCAGUAUUGGACGGAUGCUCUUUGCGCUUGGAAAUAUUUAAGUCACUCACUGCAGGCAUUCCAUAGUUGAAGAUGGGACUUGACCCGCCCCUAUUAUUGUAGUAUUGUUUUAUUUAGAUAGCUUUACAUUUUUUUACCAAUUUAGUCAUUCCUGUUGUCUAGUCCGUUUGAUUAUUUGGCUGUGUCACUGAUUUCAUAUUAUGGACUUACUCAUGCCAAAUAUGAGGCCAAAGAACAACUGACUACAGUACAGAUAGACGUAAUAUGUUCAGAAGGCAUGCAAAUAGCUGUGUAAUGUCACCGACACUCAAGUGCAUGACGGUAUUGCGUUCAGAUUUAAAAAGAUUUGGACUCGACUGCAGCAACAUUGCAAUCCGUGUGCGUAUCUCCGCCUACUUAAGGACUACCGCCGUAAAAAACCUGUCACGCUAUUGUCUCGCUGAUUUUUCAUCCUUUACUACGCUCUAACUACUGUAGGGAAGUAAAAAAAGUUUUAUUUGUUAC